AUGGCGGACGGCGGGAAGAGUAGGUCCAACCCCCGCCCACCACGAAAUCACGGCGUUAUUUGGGAAGACGCGCGCGCGCGCGACACUGUGGCUGACAAAAGAUUUGCUACCCUUGUAGAUGAGGAGACCACCAUCAAGGUUGCGUCCAAGAAGGGCGCCGCCGGCAAGGACAAGUCCGACGGGGUCAUCAAGCUGAAGAAGCCCGCUCCCAAGCACAGCAAGCCGGGCAACUGGAAGGACGGAACGGUCAUUGAUAAUGAUAAGAGGUCAAAGUCAUCCGCGGCCAACAACAACAAGUCAGCCUCGCCGACGCCACCCAUAAAUCAGCUGGACGACCGGGCAAGGGAAACAUUCCCGACGGGACGGCCGCUCGAGGACCCGCCAGAUCUGCAACAGUGCAAGCACUGCAAGAAGAGCAUCUUGUCGAGCGCGGCGAAGGAGCACAUCGCGGCGUGUUUGCAAAUCAAGAAGCAGAAGGCGCAGCGGAAGAAGGAGGCGCGAGAGGCGAGGGAGAGGGCGAGGGAGAAGGAACGAGAAGAGGAGUCGCGGAAGGCGGAAGAGGAAGGCGGUGGCGGCGGCGGCGGCGGUGACGACGACAGCGACGAGGGCGAGGGCGGCGGGGCCGGUGACAAGAAGAACGCGGGCAAGACGACAAAGAAGUCGGCCGGGAAGAAGACUGAGAGCGCGGUGGGCGGCAAGAAGCGCAAGGCCGACGGCGACCUGGACAAGGGCCCCAAGAAGAAGAAGAAGGACGAGCCGAAGACCAAAGCGCCGAAGCCUAAGGGACCCGUGGACGUGGAGAGGCAGUGCGGUGUCAUCCUACCCAACGGCCAACCCUGCGCGAGGUCUCUCACGUGCAAGUCUCACAGUAUGGGUGCGAAACGAGCCGUGCCUGGUCGGUCUCUGCCUUACGACAUGCUCCUGGCCGCGUACCAGAAGAAGAACCAGGCAAAGCAGCAGAAAGCUGCACUGGACGCAAACGCGCCGUUGGAGGACGAAGACGAGGCAAAUGCCGGCGCCGUCGACUCGGACGAAGAGACGGCGGCCGUCAUGUCUGCGCUCUCGCGCUGGAAACCGCAGCCUGUCGUCCCGCAGCCCGUGCUCCAACCGAUCAGGCGGCAGUACCAGCUCGCGCGGCUGCACGAACAGCUGCACACGGCGACCAACGGUGGGCGAGUCAACAUCUUCAAGGUGGUCGGGUUCGGAGCGCAGAAGCUACCGGAAGGCCACCCUGGCCUCUUGGACAACGAAGACGCCAUCGGCGAGCCGGACAUCGCCAUGCCGGGCGACUUUUCGAGGCGGUCCUCGAGCUUCAGCUUGUCGGCAGGGCCAGCGGCCCAGGCUAGCCGGGCCUAG